AUGCAACGUCUACAACUACCUAUCAAUGCCUUACCAGCUUGGGCCAAGCUCAACGACGUAAAUUUCCUCGACAUCAGCGUUCACGAUCUCGGCUCAGAAAAGGGUUACGGACUCGUCACAUCUCGUGCUCUAAGCUCAGAAGAUGUCUUCGAUGUCCCUACAUUACUCAUUGUCCCACAUGAUCUUAUCUUGAGCGCCGAAGCUGUGGAGGAGCAUGCUAAGGUUGACGCGCAUUUUAAACAGCUGUUGGAGGUCUUUGGUGGCAAGUCUACCAGAGGCGAUGUUAUGUUAUUUCUUUUGAUGCAGAUCUCCAUUGCGUCACACCCUGAUGAGAAGGCUGUUGGCUUGUCCAAUCCGUGGACAGAGUACGUCAAGAUGCUUCCGGGUUCGAUUCCUGUGCCUACGAUGUGGAGUGAGGAGGAGAGAUUGAUGCUAGUUGGGACUUCUUUGGAGACUCCGGUAACUGCUAAGAUGGCUUCACUGCUGCGAGAAUACGAAGGCCUGCGUGAAGCCACAGUGGAGAUCCCUUGGUGCAAGAAAUACUGGUGGGAUUAUGACUCCUUUCAACUGAACGAUUGGAUCCUCCUAGACGCCUGGUAUCGAUCACGUUGUCUCGAGCUUCCAAACACGGGAGAAUCUAUGAUUCCAUGCGUUGACAUGGUAAACCAUCAUUCAAGAGCCAAUUCAUACUACGAACCAACCUCUGACGGAGUAGCUCUCCUUCUUAGACCCAACAAAAAGGUCGAUAUUGAAGAAGAAAUUUCCAUAAGUUAUGGUACAUCCAAGAGCGAGGCCGAGAUGCUGUUCAGUUAUGGUUUCAUAGACGAAGACAGCAACAAAAAAGGCUUAACUUUGACAUUGGAGCCCUUACUGGACGACCCACUUGGAAAGGCGAAAGCUGCCGCCUUCAAAAAGCCACCUACGGUCCGGGUCUCGGAAGAUCAAGGAGCUCUUUGUUGGGAGAGUCCAUUCCUCUACCUGAUGUGCCUCAACGAAGAGGAUGGCCUUGAAUUCAAGGUUUUGCAGCAGACUGAUGGGUCCCGGAGUCAGUUGAGGGUGUUCUGGCAAGGAUCAGAUGUCACUAAUGCUACUGACAACUUCGAAUCACUCACCGCAAACCAUGAGCUCAAGGAUGUCUUCAAACUGCGUGCUGUAGCCCUGUUGCAGGAUCUCACGCGUGAGCAGCUUGGACGUUUGCAUGAGAGCGAAGAUAUGGUGCAAUCACUUGCAGGAACAGCAUUUGCAUCUCCACAAAGCCAAGGGAAUGCCCUGCAGCUAAGACAAAGCGAGACCGUUAUCUUGGAGAAUAUGUUUGGAGUGCUCGAGAUGCAGAAGAAUAAGCUGCUUGAGAGCGAUGCCGUACUUCGAUAUCUCGGGUCGAUGGAGGACGAAGAGCGACCGGAGCCGGGAGCGACCAAUGAUGAAGAAGACUUCAGCUGA